AAAAGCUCAAAAAGAGAAAGCAAGAAAGUGUGAAGAGAAAUUGGACACUUGGCACAUUCACCAAGCUCUUCAAACCAAGGAAGAAGGAACGCAGCCAAACCAAUUUUUUUCCCCAAAAACAUACCAAAUCAGGAAAUACCUCAAAAUAUUAUCAUUAAAACCAUACAAUAAAAAAAAAAUAUAACACAGGUUUGUUAUAUCUAUAUACUCUCUUUAAUCCUUCCUUUUUCUUUCUCCAGUUUUUUCAAUUUCUUUCUUAAAUUUUUCUUAAGUUGUUAAUUUGUUAUUUUUUACCUAAAAAAAAAAAAAACACACUUAGUGUGAGGUUUUUUAGCUGUAGAUUAUUUCGAGAAAGAUAUUUUGCACUAGCGUUGAAAUUUUUGUCUAUUUUGUUAUUAUCAUUAUAUUCAUUUCUUGUAAUUUUCUAACACUAUUAGGAAUUUAUUAUUAGCUUAAAAAACAACUAAAUGCAUGUUUAAAUUUAACUCCAAAAUUGAAAUCCACCUGUAUCACACUCACAGCAAUGGAUUAAACUUUUUUAGUUUUUUAUGAUUUGUGCAAUCUUAGCUCAGCUUAGUUCUGUUCUUUUUUAAUUAAAGAAAAAAAAAAUAGUUAGAUGUAAAUUUUAUUUUUGGUUGAAUUUUAAUCUUAUGUUUGAAAUUUGAGGGUUAAGGGAUUCAGAUUUGAGAUUAUGGUUGUGUUUUGCUUCAGAUUUGAGGAAAAUUGGAAGUGAUUUAAAAAAGCAUGAAUUUCAAGGGUUUUGGGAAUGAUCCGGGGGCGUCGGCCGCAGCAGCUGGUGGCGGAGUUGGGAGGACAACGCCGGGGAAUUUUCCACUUGUGAGGCAACCGUCGGUUUAUUCGUUGACGGUUGAUGAAUUUAUGAACAGUAUGGGUGGUUCUGGGAAGGAUUUUGGAUCAAUGAAUAUGGAUGAAUUGUUGAAGAAUAUUUGGACUGCAGAAGAGGUUCAAACAAUGGGUGGUGAAGAAGCUAUUAAUCAGUUGCAAAGACAAGGUUCGUUGACGCUGCCGCGGACGCUUAGUCAGAAAACAGUUGAUGAAGUUUGGAAGGAUAUUUCAAAGGAUUAUGGUCCUAAUUUGGCUGCACUACAGGCUCAGAGACAGCCAACUUUAGGAGAAAUGACUUUGGAAGAGUUUUUGGUUAGAGCUGGUGUUGUUAGGGAAGAUGCUAAACCUAAUGAUGGAGUUUUUCUUGGAAAUAAUGGUAAUUUGGGUUUGGCUUUUCAGCCUCAGCAGAUGAAUAAAGUUGGUGGUUUUAUGGGGAAUAAUAGAUUGAAUGGUAAUGAUGAUCCACUUGUUGUUGGUCUUCAGAGUCCUACUAAUUUGCCGUUGAAUGUUAAUGGGAUUCGAUCAACAAAUCAGCAACAGAUACAGAAUUCACAGUCUCAACAACAACACCAGAAUCAACAACUUCAGCAACUUCAACAACAGCAUCAACAGCAACAGCAGCAGCAGCAGCAGCAGCAGCAGAUAUUUCCGAAGCAACCUGGUUUGAACUAUGCAACGCAGAUGCCUCUGACUAGUAAUCAAGGAAUGAGAGGUGGAAUUGUGGGGCUGUCUCCUGAUCAAGGAAUGAAUGGUAAUCUUGUGCAAGGUGGAGGGAUUGGUAUGGUUGGUUUGGCACCUGGAGCUGUUCAAAUUGGUGCCGGAUCACCAGCUAACCAGUUAUCUAGUGAUCAAAUGGGAAAGAGUAACGGUGAUACUUCUUCUGUGUCACCGGUUCCUUAUGUUUUCAAUGGUGGUAUGCGAGGUAGGAAGAGUAAUGGAGCUGUGGAGAAGGUAAUUGAGAGGAGGCAGAGAAGAAUGAUCAAGAAUAGGGAGUCUGCUGCUAGAUCUCGGGCUCGUAAGCAGGCUUAUACCAUGGAAUUGGAAGCAGAAGUUGCAAAGUUAAAAGAAGAGAAUGAAGAACUUCAGAAAAAGCAGGAGGAAAUCAUGGAAAUUCAGAAAAAUCAAGUUAAGGAAAUGAUGAAUUUGCAGCGAGAAGUCAAGAGAAAAUGCUUAAGACGAACACAAACUGGUCCGUGGUAGAUUGAAGAUUGAAUUAUGAUUGCUCAGUUAAAAACAUUAUGUAUAUACACAUAAAUACAUGUUUUUCUGUAGAUUGAGGCUUUUGCAGUUUAGAUUAGCACUUGAACACUUUGAUGUCUUGCUAACAGUUUGCAUAGUUAGGGAGGAUAUGCACAGUAGUAGCGUGAGAAUAUGUGGUAGCGUGAGAAUAUGUUUCAGUACGCGUCCAACUUCAUGACACCAUUGGUCAGACAAUCUCCUGCAGAACACUUUCACUGAAUUCAAUUCAGUGAGAAGUGAAGCAUUUGUUCAUCAUGUACUUACUUCUAUUUAAUGCACUACUCAUGACUUUGGACCAGUGGUUUAUGAGUUUUUAUGAGACCACACAUUUUGCUAUUUGUAUCAAUAUGUUACUGAGUAAAUCGAAUAUUUCAUCUGCAAGCAGUAUUAAAAAUCAGAUUGAUAA